AAGCGCCAGGCUACUCCGGAUCUAUCCCCUCCACGGAAGAAGAGGUACGAUUCUGACCUGGAGUCGUCGCCGCCGCGCAGGAAGAGGGCUGGGUCACCGAGCCUGAAAAAGCAGAGCAGAACCAGAGUGUCCUCUCCUCCGAGGCGCCCGAGACACGACUCCGAGUCUCCCUCUCCACGGAGGGGUACCCGCAGAUCUUCCGACUCGGAUCUGUCUCCUCCACGACGGACUCUGCCGGCCGGGAAGGACCAGCACCGUUCCAGGAGCCCCCCGGAGCUCUCGGCUGCUGGGCACCGUGACGCCAGGGCGUCUCCCAAGAAGGCCAAGGUGAUGUUCUCCGGGGUGAAAGCCGGCCUGGUGUCAGCCGAGGUGCUGCGGAGGGAGCAGCAGGAGCUCCGGAGGCACGAGAGGAACAACAAGCAGUUGGAAG